ACCUAGGGACUCCUGUCCACAGCCUGGAGGUCACCUCCCGCAUUUUGGAGCUCCUCCCGGCAUUCUGGAGGAACCAUCCCACACCUAGGGACUCCUGUCCACAGCCUGGAGGUCACCUCCCGCAUUUUGGAGCUCCUCCCGGCAUUCCAGAGGGCCCAUCCCGCAUCUAGGGACUCCUGGCCACAGCCUGGAGGUCAUCUCCCACACUUUGGAGCUCCUCCCGGCAUUCCAGAGGUCGCAUCCCACAUCUAGGGACUCCCCUCCACAGCCUGGAGGUCACCUCCCACACUUUGGAGCUGCUUCCUUUAGCCCAGAGGUCCCAUCCCGCAUCUCGGAGUUCCCAGGCCCCGCGGAUUCCGAGGCGGGAGGAUGGGGCCCCCCUUGGCCCUGCCCCUCCGCGUGGCCCUGGCCUUGGCCCUGAUCGCCCCGUCGGGGGUGGCCACCCCGCUGGACCUGGGCUCGCUGACCACCAAGUGCGUGGCGGUGCCCCCCGCGAUGGGGCUGUGCCGGGAGCCCGGCUGGGGCCCCUCGGAGAUGCGGCUGCCCAAUCUACUGGGCCACCGGACCCUGGCCCAGGCCGUGCCCCUCUUGGCCAGCUGGCAACGCCUGGUGCGUGCCCAGUGCCACCCGCACGCCAGAACCUUCCUCUGUUCCCUGCUGGCCCCCGUCUGCCUGGACACGUUCAUCCAGCCCUGCCGGAGCCUCUGCGUGGCCGUGAGGGACAACUGUGCCCCCGUCCUGGCCUGCUGGGGCCAAACGUGGCCCGAGAGUCUGGACUGCCACCGGCUCCCCGAUGAGGAUGGGUGUCUGGCCCCCCUCGGCCCGGGCUCCAAACCCAGCCCCAAAGUGCUGCUUGCUGCUGCUUGCCAGAGCUGCCCCCCGUUAGAAGAGCUCACCUCUCCCUGGACGGCCCUGGACCUGCCCUGCGACGGCAGCUUCGGGGUGAAAGCCAAGCUGUGGCGGCGGCCGGAGGGUCCGGGCCCCCCCGAGUUGGUGGAGGUGGAGGGGCCCGUGGAGCUGAGCGGCGGCGUUGGGCUGUCCGCGGCCCAGGCGCGGGACCUGCUGCGGCGCUGGCUGCUGCUCAACGAGGACUGCGCGCGGGGCCUGACGACGCGGGGCCCGACGACGACGCGGGGCCCCCGGGGCCCGGCCGGCUACCUGCUGGUCGGACACCUGCGCCACGGGACCUUCCACGUCAGCCGGGCGCACCCCUGGCCGAGCCCCGACCUCCCGCUGCCCCGGCCUCCCCCGGCCACGCACAAGCGGAGGAGGCCGCGGAAGUGUUUCUAG